AUGUCCGAGGAAAAGGCACCCUACGUGACUCUCGAUGUAUUCUCAUCCAAGAGAUUCAAAGGAAACCCCGUUGCAAUUGUGAAGGUCACCGAUAGCAAGCUGUCACAAGAACAGAAGCAAAAGAUCGCCAAAGAGUUCAACUUUUCCGAAACCGUCUUCUUCCAUCCGGCUAAUGGAGAUGAGCCUCCUCGGUUGUACAUUUUCACUCCCGUCAAUGAGAUGGACUUCGCCGGCCAUCCCGUCAUUGGCGCCGGCCAUUUCCUGUUCCGCCAAUUGUUAGGAAACGACCCAAGUCAUCCAAAGUCUCUCACCAUUACCACCAACGCAGGGCCUGUUCCAAUCAUAUAUGAUCCAGAAAAUGAGGUUGUAUCCGCCGAGGUCCCUCACAAUAUCCAUCAGCAUCAGCAGGGGGCAACGCUAGCCCAUAUCCUCCCAGUCCAAGCCAGCCUAAAGACGGUCUCGGACCUCCAUGGUGUACCAGAGACAUCACCGAUAGUCUCUGUGGUAAAGGGUGUCACGUAUGCACUAGUUGACCUGACCGAGAGAGCCGAUCUGUUUGCCAAUAUUGUUCCGGGGGGAAGUCCUGCUCUUGAUCUUGAUGAGGGAUGGAAGCCCUCAUUCACCGGGGUUAUGUACUACCGGAAUGGCGGGUCUCGCGUCGAAGGAGACACAGUGAUCUGGGAUCUUCGGGUGCGAAUGAUCGCUAUCGAUUUGGAAGAUCCAGCUUGUGGUAGCGGAGGGAGCUCCUUGGGUGUUUACCUCGCGUUGUUGAACGGUCAGCAGGGUCGGAGCCACCGGUUCUAUAUCGAUCAGGGCAUUGAGAUGGAUAGGGAGAGCCACCUCAUUGUUGAUGUGCUGUUGGAUGAAGAUAGGAAACGGGUCUCCACUAUCAAGCUUGCUGGACAGGCUGCCUUCGUGGCGGAAGGGAGUAUCUUUUUGAAUUGA